GUGAAAGCAGGAGUCCUCCGGUCAUCUACGGAGGCGUCGCCAUGGAUUCAGAUUCGACCCUGCUUGAAGAUUCUUCCACUCCUUCUCCCUCUUCUUCUUCUUCUGGUUUCGAUAGAGAUCGUCAUGUGAUGUUCUUGGAGAUGAUGUACCAGUUGUUGCCUUUUCAAUAUCAGACACAAGAGAUCAACCACCUUACGCUUGCUUACUUCGUCAUCUCCGGCCUUGACCUUCUUGGUGCCAUGGAUCGUGUGGACAAGGACAAAAUUGCAAAUUGGGUCUUGUCCUUUCAAGCACUUCCUACAAACAAGGCUGAAAAAACCACUGGAGAACUUUAUGGAUUCUGCGGAUCAAGAAGUUCUCAGUUUCCUCCAGAUGAGAAUGGGGAUUUAAUUCACAACGGUAGUCACUUGGCGAGCACAUAUUGUGCCCUUGUAAUACUGAAGGUUAUUGGUUAUGACUUCUCCAAUAUUAACUCUGAAUCAAUAGCAAUCUCAAUGAGAAACCUUCAACAAUCGGAUGGGAGCUUUGUGCCUAUCCAUAUUGGAGCAGAGGCUGACCUUCGGUUCGUCUAUUGUGCUGCUGCAAUCUGUUAUAUGCUUGAGAAUUGGAGCGGGAUGGACAGGCAGAAAACUAAAACCUACAUAUUGAACUGUCAGUCAUAUGAUGGUGGCUUCGGGUUAACUCCUGGCUCAGAAUCUCAUGGCGGUGGAACGUAUUGUGCUAUUGCAUCUCUCCGUUUAAUGGGUUUCAUUGAAGAUGAUCCUCUCUCUAGAGACAAUCCUUCUUCCAUAAUAAACGUCCCAUUGUUGCUGGAGUGGUGCUUGCAGAAACAAGCAGCUGAUGGAGGAUUUCAAGGUCGACCUAACAAGCCUGCUGACACUUGUUACGCAUUUUGGAUUGGAUCUACCUUGAGGAUUUUAGGAGGCCUCGAUUUAAUAGAUAAGAAGGCUUUGAAGGCAUUUUUGUUGACGUGCCAGUCUAAGUAUGGUGGUUUCAGCAAGUUUCCGAUGGAUUUUCCUGAUUUGUACCACUCCUACUAUGGAUUUACUGCUUUUAGCCUCUUGGAAGAACCCGACAUCAACUCUCUGUUUGUUGAACUCGGAAUAACAGAUGUUUCUGCCUGGAGAAUCUAACGCGAGACCAUUGAUUCAACAUGGGAUGAAUCAUUUUCACUGCUUUGCUGACACGAUUGUCAUUCAUUUCCCCCUUUCUAAAUCUUCCACUUCGCCUACACAACUUAUUGCAAAAAAUAUAGAGUUUGAUCUUUUAGCUUUUCACAACUCCAGAUAGAGCUUCAUCCAGAAUCCUGGUUGUAUACUUUCUAAAAUACAUGUAUCCCUUCUUCUGAUUGUACUUUUAUAUUUCAAGUUAGAUUUAAACACAAGAUCUGGUUUUGAUCCUAUGUUUCUUUCAGUUCAAGUAAGCGAUUAUAUGUUUCUUCUGCAA